GGAGCCCGGGCGGAGAGGCGCAGGCAGGCUGGAGCGCAGCAGCUGCGCCGUAGCAUGGCAUCGAGGAGGAUGGAGACCAAACCCGUGAUAACGUGCCUCAAAACGCUGCUCAUCGUCUACUCCUUCGUCUUCUGGAUCACAGGGGCGAUCCUGUUGGCAGUGGGAUUAUGGGGGAAGUUCAUGCUGGGUCCAUAUAUCUCCCUGAUUGCCGAUAACUCCACUAAUGCUCCGUACGUUCUCAUCGGCACCGGGACCACCAUCAUUGUCUUCGGCCUGUUCGGAUGCUUCGCCACCUGCAGAGGGAGCCCAUGGAUGCUCAAACUGUAUGCGAUGUUCCUUUCCCUGGUGUUCCUGGCAGAGCUGGUCGCUGGCAUCUCCGGCUUUGUUUUCCGUCACGAGAUUAAGGGCACCUUUCUGAGGACCUACAAUGAGGCUGUGCAGAACUACAACGCACAGGAUGAGAGGAGUCUGGCUGUGGAUAACGUCCAGAGGAACCUGCAUUGUUGUGGAGUGUUGAACUACACCAGCUGGUUCACCAGUGUUUAUUUCCCUGUUAAUGGAAUCCCCCCGAGCUGCUGCGUCAACAUCUCCGACUGCAAUGCCUCAGACUUACGCAACGCUACCAUAGCACCCAGCAAAGUGCACCAGCAGGGCUGUUAUGAGCUGGUGACUUCCUUUAUUGAGACUAACAUGGGCAUCAUCGCUGGAGUGACGUUCGGAAUCGCCUUCUCACAGCUCAUCGGGAUGCUGUUGGCAUGCUGUCUGUCACGGUUUAUCACUGCUAAUCAGUAUGAGAUGGUCUAGCAGAGCAGGUGCAGGGACAAGCGGAGAGGGCAAACGUCAGACGUGGACACCUGGGAGGGACGCCCAUGAAACUAGCACACUCCAUUCUUCUUUCCUUUCUUCUUCUCCUCCCUCUCUCUUUCUCCUCUGAUUGCCUUUCUCCCUCUCUCUCUCUCUCUCAGUAGUGCAUCAUUCCUAAUCGUGCGUUUUUUGUGCCGCGAUGGAGCUUCUCUUUCGGAACCCUUCACUUUUAACGCUACACCAACACGACCGUCAUCUCGCCGCUGUGGCCCUCAGCGCUGUAUAAAGCCAUGCAUGCAGUUACACUCCAUCGAGUCUUUAGAUCCAACCUGCAUUUUUAUCAAUUAACCACAUGUAAUUGACUUCAGUGCGUCGUAGGUUUAGCUCGAUAUGUUUUUCAAAAAGGAAAAAAAAAAACAUGAUCAUUCGUUUUUCACACGGCGGCCACGUUAAUUCUUACAUCACGCUCAGGGUGGGAGGACG